UUCUAUAACAAUAAUCUUAAAGAGUAGUAUUAAGUUGCAAAAUGAAGGUUCUUUACUUCCUUGUUAGCAUCUUGGCUUUGGCAUCCUCGGUUUCCUUUGCUUAUGACCCUAGUCCUCUCCAAGAUUUUUGUGUUGCAAUUCAAGAUCCCAAAGAUGGUGUAUUUGUGAAUGGAAAGUUCUGUAAAGACCCUGCACUAGUUAAAGCUGAAGAUUUCUUCAAACAUGUUAAUCCCGGGAAUACCUCGAACGCAUUAGGCUCUCAAGUAACUGCAGUCGCUGUAGAUCAACUAUUCGGACUAAACACACUUGGCAUAUCUUUGGCUCGCAUUGAUUUUGCACCUAAGGGUUUAAAUCCACCUCACACCCACCCUCGAGGUAGUGAGAUCCUUAUAGUUCUCGAAGGCACUCUUUAUGUUGGAUUUGUCACUUCCAAUCAAGAUAAAAAUCGUCUUUUCACCAAAGUGCUCAACAAGGGUGAUGUAUUUGUGUUUCCAAUCGGUCUCAUCCACUUUCAACUAAAUGUAGGAUAUGGCAACGCUGUUGCUAUUGCUGGACUUAGCAGUCAAAAUCCAGGAGUUAUCACUAUUGCAAAUGCGUUGUUUAAAUCUGAUCCCUCUAUUUCUGACGAGGUUCUUACUAAAUCUUUCCAAGUAGAUAAGAGCAUCAUUGAUUAUCUUCAAAAGCAAUCUUGGUACGACAACAACUAGUUUCAGAACAUGAUUAAUCAAUUUACUCUGAAUGGAUAAUUGACUUAUGGUCUUCAAUCACCUCCUGCAAUCAACCUUCUCUACUUAUUAUUAUUGUUGAUAAAUAAAAUGUACUCUUUUAUUUGAAUAUGUAGUUGCUUUGUUUUAAGUUUCAUUUGGUUCAAUAAUAGAUUGUUGUGGUGAUUUCUAUAAGCUAAUACUUUU